UCACACUGGCAGAUUUCACUUCUUUCUUUCGACCUUUUUAAAGAUCGUCAAAACUUCUGCUGCUUCUGCUUCUGCAGAGAUGAGUUUUUACAGCGAUGUUUCCACUGAAGACAUGAGCGACGAGUUAGAGACUCUGGGGUGGUACCACAAUGACCUUUCCCGUCACGCCGCUGAAGCCCUCCUCUUGUCCAACGGAACUGAUGGAAGUUAUCUCCUCAGAAACAGUAAUGAGGGUCCGAGCUGCUUUGCCCUCUCUGUGAGGGCCAAAGACUCUGUGAAGCAUUUUCAUGUGACACGCAGAGACAGCACCUAUGUGUUUGGGUUCAACGAGUUUAAAACACUUCAGGACUUCGUCAACCACUUUGCAAACCAGCCAUUACUGGGCAGUGAUGCAGGAACCCUCAUCGUGCUGAAGAGUCCGUACCCAUGGCGUGUGGAGGAGCCGUCGAUCUAUGAGUCAGUGCGAGUUCACACAGCGAUACAGACGGGACGCACAGAGAACGACCUGGUGCCGAACGCACCAUCGCUGGGCACAAAGGAAGGCUAUCUGGUGAAACAGGGAGCGUUAGUGAAGAACUGGAAGCAGAGGUGGUUCAUACUAAGCAGAUAUGAACUGAAAUACUUUAAAGACAAAAUGUGUGAGGAGCCCAUCCGGACUCUGGACCUGAGAGCCUGCUCCGCAGUCCAGUUUGACUACUCUCAGGACAGAGUCAACUGUUUCUGUCUGGUGUUUCCUGAGAGAACGUUUUAUCUGUGUGCAAAGACGGGGGUGGAAGCAGACGAGUGGAUCAAGAUCCUGAAGUGGAAACUGUCACAGAUCAGAAAAGGCCGAUGACUGCUGGUGAUGUAAAGAAGCCCCGCCUUUUUCCUAGACGUCACAGCGGCUGGACGGACAGUCAUGAAACAGCAGCGUUCAGAUGCUGAAGAGUGAACUCGGAGCAGGAAUAAUAAGGGGACGCAUUUCUCUGAGUGUGCUGACCAGAGGCUGACAGCUGGGACGAGGCUCCACUUUACUUUGUAACAUAUUCCUCUAAAGCCCCCCUGUGGAGAAGUGUGGAGAAUUAGCAUGUGUGCUAACACACAACAAUGCAUCUGGUGCAUCCAAUGUGAUUGUGAUGUUCAUGUCCAAUAAAAAUGAAUCUAUUGAGUACAAAGAGGCUUGAAAUCUAAAGAGUCUCAUAAAGCUGAUCACUGUAGGUUUUAGUAAAUUUGAUUCAAACAGAAAAA